UUUACUUACCACUGCUUGAUCCACUAAAUUGCAAGAAGAAAAAUGUGUUAAAGUGCUUCAAAGGGAAAAAUGGAGGAAAGGGAGCAAGAACAACUCGCGGGACAAGAGGAAAAUGAAAAUGAAAGGAGAAAGACCAAAAUGAAGGUAGAAGGGCGGGUCAGCAGGGCAAUAGGCAAACUUACCGAUGAAACCCACGUUGCUCAGUCUAAAGCUGAUCAUCUCUGCAUUGUAUCAAGAUUCUCGUUGAUGGGGCCCAUCACUGACGAGCAUCAACUUGGCAAUGGACCUAUUACUGACCUACAUCUUAUCGGCAAGGAAAAUAAAAGCUGCAACACUUGUGGCCAACAGCCGGAUUCGCGGGGAGUUAUUGAAUGGCAAAUUACCGACAAGGAUUAUGUCGGCAAGUUUCAUCAGAAAGCUGCACUCCUUGAUGCAGGCAACCAGCUGGUUGGCGGGGGUGCAUUGGAAGUGGAAAUUACCGAGAAGAUGGACGUUGGAAAUUGAUCCUCAAUUCCCGACGAGACUAUCGUUCCAAAUUUAAAUUUACAAGCGUGCUUCUCGUUGGUGAUAUACCUUUCUGUCCUUCCCCCACCAGCCAGAGUGGUGGCUGCAAUUACUGACGAGUAACACGUUUGUAUAUGCUUAAAUUACCGACAAGUGUUACGUCUGUAUACUAAAUAAUAUAUCUUACUCGCAUUU